AUGACUUCAAACGUUGCAAUUAUCUUCGUUGUUACUGUUUCAAGAAGUGAUAAAUUGACACUAUCUAAUGCUACGAGUGAAACGCAUUUUCAUUUUAAAGGUGAUCUAGGAGACACUACAGUUGUUCCGGCUGUUUUCUCUGAAACUAAAGAAUUAUUCGGUGAACCAAAUGUUGUUGUUUAUAAUGCUUCUGCUAUGUCCCGCUUUACCCCAAAUGGAGAGGAGUUUUUGAAAUUAACAGUUCAAGAAGUUGAAUCUGAUCAAACUAUCAAUGUUACAAGUGCCCUAUUGGCGAUUCAAGAAGCUGCUAAGUCUUUCAAAACUUUAACAAAUGAUAAACCUAAAGCUUUCAUUUAUACAGGUAAUAUACAAGCCUUUAAACCUUUCCCACUGGUCGUAUCUCUUGGCUUGGGUAAAUCUGGUGCUUAUUCUGCAUUAACCGUUGCUAAUGAAUUCUUUUCCAAAGAGGGUUUCAAGUUUUACUAUGCCGAUGAAAGAACUAUCGAAGGUGGUCCAGUUAUGAAAGGUACCAGUGGUGAAGCUGCUGAUAAAUUCUACUUUGACUUGGCUGAAAAUGAAAACAAAGAUAUCCCUGUCUUAGCAACAUUUGUUGAAGGUAAAGGUUAUGUCAAGUUUUAA